ACUGGAGGCACUGACAGAGCAGGAAUGCCCGCCGGGCAGUUCGUCAACGCACGGCUCCGUUUCAAACCAGCGUGCUCGGUGCACGGCGCCGGUCCCCGUGCUCGCGCAACUCUGCGCAGCCCGGCCGCUGUUCCCACGACUGGAGGCGCAUCCCCCGCGGCCCCGUCGGCUCCGAGCAGAGAUCAGCCUUGGCUCUAGGGACGAAAGAAAUCCGGCCCUGCUGCCCUGGGCACCGUCCCUGGCUGUCCCGGGGCGCGGCCGGGGCCCGGCGUGCUGCGGACGGGCGGCUGCCCCCUGCCGGGCGCGCGGCGGCACGGCGGCCGGCUCCUCCCCGCCCAGUCCCCGCCCGCGCGUUGCCCGGGGAACGGGGGUAGGGAGUAGCCGGGCUGCCGCUGCCUCCAUCCCCUCCUUCCCUCCCCGCCGGUGCCCGCAGCGGAGCGGCACCCGCACCCGGACGCCUCGCCGCCAUGCCCCGAACCGCCCCGCUCCUCCUGCUGCUACUCGCCCUGGCCCAGCGCCGCGCUUGCCUUCCCGGGCCGGCCACCGCCGCGCCCCCCGUCCGGGACCCCUGCCUCAGCCAGCCCUGCCGCAACAACGGCACCUGCUCGCCGGUGCCGGACCGGGGCCCCGCCGCGCCCCGCCGCCUCCAGAUGCUCCUGCCCCAGCCUCCGGCCGCCUACACCUGCGUCUGCCCCGCGGGGUUCACCGGCACCUCCUGCCAGUUUGUUUCAGAUCCUUGUGCCAGCAACCCCUGUCACCAUGGUAACUGCAGCACUCGUGGUGAUGGCUACCUGUGCCUCUGUAGUGAAGGCUAUGAGGGAACAAACUGUGAACGCUCAAUUCACAGCCUUCUAGUCUCUGAACGGACAGAGUUGACGUCAGCAAGACAGAGCAGACCGGUCUCAUCCACCUUGGAACCUGACAUUGUUCUUCCUCGUUCAAGAGCAACUGUGGUGUUACCUACAUGGCAGCCAAAAGCGGGACAGAAAGUUGUAGAUCUGAAAUGGGAUGAAAUAGAGAUAACCCCAGAUGUGGCUUGUGGAAAUGCCAGUUCCAAUACCUCUGCUGGAGGCCGGCUUAUCUCCUUUGAAGUUCCACAGAAUACAUCAAUAAAAAUAAGGCAAGAUGCUACUGCUUCUCUUAUCCUGCUAUGGAAGGUGACAACCACUGGAUUUAAACAGUGCUCACUUAUUGAUGGCAGAAGUGUCACUCUUCUCCAGGCACUGGGUGGACUUGUUCUGUCUGAAGAAAUGCUUGCUUUAGGAAACAACUACUUUAUUGGUUUUUUGAAUGAUUCAGUUACUAAAUGCAUUGUGGCUCUGCGCUUGACUGUGAUAGUGAAAGUCAAUACCUGCAUGCCUGGGGGAAGCUAUUCAGAUAACUUCCAGUGUUCGGGGAAAGGAAAAUGUAUCACCAAACCAGAUGAGGCAACUUUUUUCUGCGACUGUGAGGACGAGUAUCAGGGUUCCCUGUGUGAAGAAUUUGAUGCCUGUCAGAGCCAGCCCUGUCAGAACAACGCAACCUGCACUGAUGUCUCACAGAAACACGAUGGGAACAACUUCACCUGUAGCUGCGUAGCUGGUUACACUGGAGAGCUGUGCCAGUCAGAGAUUGAUCAUUGCACCCAGCAGCCAUGCCAGAAUGGAGGUACCUGCUCAUCCAACAUCAAGGGAUUCAGCUGUCGGUGCCCAGAAGGGUUUUUAGGAACCUCUUGUGAAGACAAAAUAGACCCUUGUGCAUCAUCUCCCUGCCAGAACAAUGGAACCUGUUAUGCAGACAGACUUGCCUUCUCCUGCAGUUGUAGUCCUGGAUUUACAGGACCUACGUGUGCUCAGCUGAUUGACUUCUGCGCUCUGAAUCCUUGUGCACAUGGCAUUUGUCGCAGUGUUGGAACCAGCUACAAAUGCCUCUGUAUCCCUGGUUACCAUGGCCUUUACUGUGAAGAGGAAUAUAACGAAUGCCUUUCUGCACCCUGCCAGAACGGAGCCACCUGCAGAGACCACGUCAACAGCUAUGAGUGUGUGUGCCUUGCUGAAUAUGAAGGAAGGCACUGUGAAUUAUACAAAGAUCCUUGUGUUAACAUCAACUGUCAGAAUGGUGGCACUUGUGACAGCGAAGGUCUAAAUGCUACAUGUAUUUGUGCACCUGGAUAUACAGGUGAAGAAUGUGAAAUUGAUGUAAAUGACUGUGACAGCAACCCAUGUCACCAUGCUGGAACUUGCAUAGAUCAGCCUGGUGGUUACAUCUGCCAUUGUCCACAUGGAUGGGUUGGUGCAAACUGCGAAAUAUAUCUGCAGUGGAAGUCUGGGCAUAUGGCAGAGAGUCUAACAAAUAUGCCUCGUCACUCCCUCUACAUCAUAAUUGGGGCUCUCUGCGUAGCCUUUGUCCUGAUGCUGAUCAUUCUGAUUGUGGGAAUAUGUCGCAUCAGCCGCAUUGAAUAUCAAGGCUCUUCCAGGCCAGCCUAUGAAGAAUUUUACAACUGUAGAAGCAUUGACAGUGAAUUCAGUAGUGCAAUUGCUUCUAUCCGACAUGCCAGGUUUGGCAAGAAAUCCCGACCUGCAAUGUAUGAUGCAACUCCCAUUGCUUAUGAAGAUUACAGCCCAGACGACAAACCUUUGGUUACACUGAUUAAGACAAAAGAUUUGUAAUCUAGUGUAUCUUUUUUUUGAUUAUUUUUCAAAAGGAUGGGCUACUAACCUAAUUUAAAUAUUUUUAAGAAGAAAGCAUAAGUAAUUUAAACCAUUAGAUGCUUCAGAAUUUUCUGUAGAAUAUUUAAGAACCAAUUUUCUGCAGCUUUUAGUUUGGAAAAAUAUUUUAAAACAGAAUUUGUGAACUUCAUUAAUUACAUUUUAACGUACCUUGGGCUCUAUAAACUAUAAGCUUAUGAUAGUGUGUGCUUUUUUUUGGUAGACACUAUUACUAAACCCAGAUAAGUUUCUUGUGGUCGUUACAGAACAGAAAACAAUAAUUAAUGAGGAGUUCUUUGAUAUGUCAGUGCCAGCUUUCUCAGUAGAGGUAGGAAAAAUGUGAAGCAUAAUAUGAUAUAUAAUAUAUCCAUUAAUUAAAAAAGUCUAAAAUGUUUGUGUUGUGAAAAAGAAACUAGUAAAAAUUAUUAUUCCUAAUCUGAAUGAAUUAGCUUUUGCCUUAUUCCAUGCAUGGAUAGAUAAUCUUUUUCUCCAUUAUUUCCUGAAAGUUGCUGAAACAUACUCUUGAGUUGAUGUUUGACAUUUUUGUAAUAGUAUUCAGGCUCGGCCUUGUAUAAUAAUUAAAGUGCCUCUUGAGGCAAAGUAAGGGCAUGAUCCUUUAAACAUUGAAAUCAAUGAGAGAACUUCCAUUGACUUCAGUGGGCAUGGGAUUGGACUCUACAAUUGGACUGAAUCUAUAUUUUUCUUUAAAGGUUAAAGUUUUUUAUAUUGUGAGUAAACUAAGCAUAUGGUUUGAGUUGUUUGUUUCCUAAAGGUUGUUGAUGUACAGUAUCGUUUCAUGAAAUAUUGUGUAUUUCUCAUAGUGCUUCUUAUUUAGGAUAAGUAUGGGGGUUUUGUGGCUGUAUUUGAUUGCUUAUGGGCUUCUUAAAAUUCUUGCUUAUUUGAGAAAAUAUUGAAUAAAUGUUAUCAAGUGAAGAUU